GCCACACGGGUGUCAAAUAGGGACAUGAAUGCGAGGCCUUGAUGAGCACCCACGGGUGCCGCGGGGUCACAUCAGAGCGUUUUGUUUUCCAUCCAGCCUGGAAAGGAAGACGGUUGCCAUGGACGCGGUGGAAUUAAUUAGACGCUGGGGCGGCCCCGACGCUCACUUCCUCACAAACAAGCUGCUGCGCCCCAUCACACCUGACCGCCUCUCCUCACAGGUAGGACCCUCGUACUCUUUUCAUCGUCCCCGCCACCUUGAUCCGCUGCGGCCCCGCAGGAUGCCGAGCCAGCUGGAGGGCGCCAUGGACGCGCUGAUAGCGGUCUUCUACAACUACUCGGGCCACGACGGGGACAAGUUCAAGCUGAACAAGGGCGAGCUCAAGCAGCUGCUGCAUAGCGAGCUCACCGACUUCCUCACGGUCACGUGUUGCCCUGUCUUUCAGUCCCAGAAGGACCCGCUGCUGGUGGAGAAGAUCAUGAACGAUCUGGACUCCAACAAAGACAACGAGGUGGACUUCAACGAGUUUGUGGUGCUGGUGGCGGCCCUCACCGUGGCCUGCAACGACUUCUUCCAGGAGCAGCAGAAGAAAACCAAGUAGACCUCAGCCUUAAACAUGUUUCCCAUUGUUUUUCCAUUCAACUGUAAAUCAAUUUGAUCAUUGUAAUUAUUGAUAAGUCUUGUAUUGCACAGUCCAUUCAAUAA